AUGCAUGGAAAAGUACGAGCGUACGUUCGAGAAAAGCGAAAUGCUCGCCGAAUGUCUAGAAAUCUACGAAAGGGAUUACGAGAAGGAGUGCUGGACAUCCCGGAUCCUGAUGAAGCCAACAUGCCCGUCCCGUUGAUCGUGCGCCGGAUUCAAGAGCUUGAAGGCUACAUGCGAACCCAAUUCGCGAACCAAGAACGCCAACGAAACCUUUUGAAGGCAGAAGUGAACUAUGGAUGGGGGGAAUUUCGCGAAUGCCUCCGCGCGGUCGCAAAAUUCAUCUUCAGUAGCGUUCUCGCCUCCGUCAUCGCCAUCCGCUUCUUCUCUGGCAUGGCAGUGAGUUUCCUCAGCUCCAUUUCGGCAAGACAUUACAGAAAACAUGCUCGAACUAUCAACAACCCCCGCCGACUCGAGGAUCGUCGGGAUUCCGUAGUCGGCUGGUUAGUGCGCCGCUGUUCACUACGGAGAGAUCGAGGACAGAAACUUGUCGGACGCUGCAGCAUGCUUGGCAACAAGGCAAAACUCGCAUGCCUUACUGUUUUGACGGAAACUUUCGGGGUUAUGAAGGAGUUCACGAGAGCGUGGAAGGGUCCGGGCGAUGUCUAAGUACUAUCAAGGAACGCUGAUAAGGAGACGGGCAUCACUGAACAGAAUGAGCAUAUUCGUCUCUGUAUUCCGUCUCUGUCAGCACGUGUUCGGAUUUUUGUAGCCUGGAAGCGUCGAUUUUAAA